UUAGUGCGGAAUCGAAUUCAAGCAUUCGGAAAAGUUAUUCCAUUUUUUCCAUGUAAAAGUCGUCUGAAAAUCCUCGAAAAUGUUAGUAACCGACGUGGGUGAUGUGAAAAUCUACAACUUGAGUGCGGGAAAGGCACUCCCCGAUUGGAUUUCGGACAAAAAGCGCCGCGAAGCGCAGCGCAAAAAUGUCGACAUCAGCAGACGAAUCGAACUGAUUCAGGACUUUGAGAUGCCCAGUGUGGCCACCAGCAUCAAUUUGUCACCAGACGGGCAGUACAUUCUGGCGACGGGAACGUACAAACCACGGAUCAACUGCUACGACGUGAACAAUCUGUCGCUGAAGUUUGAACGAUGCUUCGAUUCGGAGGUGGUGAAAUUCAAGAUUCUGAGCGAGGACUACAGCAAGGUUGUGUUUUUGCAAGCGGAUCGAUUUGUGGAGUUUCAUGCUGCACACGGUAGGCACUACCGGUUGCGCAUUCCGAGGUUUGGAAGGGAUUUGGAUUACCACAAGCCGUCGUGUGAUUUGUUCCUGGUGGGGGCGUCGUCGGAGAUUUAUCGCCUGAAUACCGAGAGGGGUCAGUUUCUGCAACCUUAUAGCACUUCUGCCAGCAGUAUCAAUGCGUGUGAGGUAAAUCCGGAGCACCAUUUGCUUUGCGUAGGAACUCAGGAAGGAACGGUGGAGGCUUGGGAUCCGAGAGAUAAAAGUCGUUGCGGAGUACUGGACGUAGCCGCCGGUGUACAGAACAACGAGAAGUUCCCUUCGGUUUCGGCCCUGAAAUUCAAGAACGGUUUGCAGAUGGCAGUGGGAACCGAAUCCGGGCACGUUUUGCUGUACGAUAUAAGAGCAAAGGAUCCUUUGAUAGUCAAGGAUCAUCUCAAUCAACUUGCUGUUAAGAAGAUCGAUUUCAACAGGGAAAAUAACGCAGUUUAUUCACUAGACAGUGCUAUGUUGAAAAUCUGGGAUGAGACCACUGGCAAGCAGAUAGCUUACAUCGAGUCCAAUAGUAAUUUCAACGAUUUCACAAGCUCGCCCAAGAGUGGCCUUCUGUUUUUUGCCCAAGAGGAGCCGAAAAUGAUGACCUACUACAUUCCCAGCCUUGGACCUGCCCCACGCUGGUGUUCGUUCCUUGAUAAUCUCACCGAGGAAAUCGAAUCUGAAAACGUACAGAACAUCUACGACGAUUACAAAUUCAUCACCAAAACGGAACUGGCCGAACUGGGGUUGGAUCAUCUGGAGGGAACCAGUAUGUUGCGAGCGUAUAUGCAUGGCUAUUUCAUCGACAUACGGCUGUACAACAAGGCCAAGGCCAUUGCGGAUCCGUUUGCCUUCCAGCGAUACCGUAAGGAGAAGAUUGCUCAGCAGAUCGAAGAAUCGCGCCCUGCCCGGUUGCAGCUCAAGACUAAACUGCCGAAGGUUAAUGCCGAACUGGCUGAGAAGUUGCUCACCGAGCAGGAGGUGGGAAGCAGCAGACUUAAGACGGCGGCUAGCACUUUGCUGUCGGAUGAUCGAUUUAAGAACAUGUUUGUGGAUCCUGACUUCGAGGUAGACAAAACGGCCUUCGAGUAUCGGUUGCUGAAUCCGGUGCUGACCCGUUUGGAUAAGUCACGGUCGCAAAAGUUGAAGGCUAGAGAGGAGUUCGAGGCAGCAGCCGCCGAAAGACGGGAAGACGGCGAGGAAGGUGGCAGUACGGAUGAGGAUUUGUUUAGCGAAAAGGACGAAAGCUCCGACGACGAUCAGGGUUGGACGAAGCAGGUUAAGAAGGAGUUUAAGAAGAUCACUUGGGAGCAGAAGCGAGAGCGACAGAUGGAAGUGGAUCGGAAAGAGGAGCAGGAUGAUGACGAUGAUGAUGGAGGUCCGUCGAUAGCGGUGCAUGAGAAGACGGAUUUCAACAUCAGCAACACGGGCCGGAAGAUAAGCAAGGCCGGACUGGGUAAACGGUUAGCUGCCGGCAAACCGAUGGAGGUGAAGACGAUUGGAGGGCUGGGAAAUCGCCAGAUGACGUUCAGCACCGAGAGGAAGAACAGCGGAUACGAUAAGAAACGGCAGGCGGAGUUGAAGAAGCACCGGGAAGAGCGGAAGAAGGUGAUACGGCCAACUACCAGUUUGAAGAGAAUGUCUAAAAAGUGA